AUGUCAACAAAAAGAAAUGUUUACAAGAAGACUCCUCAGUGGCUUCCCGAGUGGUUCUUGCACGAGUCUAGCGAUCGAAUGGUGGAGUUUAAGACAUUCCGAGAGUCUGCUACUCGCGAGGAGAUUGAUUUGCAUACUCGAGACAGCCCAAAAGGGCGUUCGAACGGCAGUACACCAAACGUCUUGACAAGGCUCUCGGAGAUUGAGAAGCCCAGGUUGAGAAAACCACUGUACAAAACUCAUCAUCGCUGA